UCUUGCAGAGCUCUGUUGCUGUAGUUCAAGUCAUGUUUACAAAGCUUUUCCUUGCAGGGAGGUGGAUUCUGUGUUCUCUCUUCCAUAGUGUCCGCAGCAGGAAUUAAGGAGCUCCACGAAGGCGUUCUCCCUCCGAGGACCUCAGUAGAGAGCCCCACAUGUGGCGGGCGGUGGCUAACGUCCUGCCGAGGGCCAAAGUCCCCGGAGGGAGGGCUUGCUGCCUGCCGCCGGCGCAGAAGGGCAGGAGCCCGCCCGCCGGGACCGCUCGGCAUCGCUGCCGGGACGCUGCUCCGGGGGUCCGCGCCGCCCGGCCGCUCAGCAUGGCCCCGGGGAUACAGAAGGUGGAAGCUCUGGAUGCGGGUCACGUCGUCCGCGUGGAGUGGGAGGACGGGAGCGAGAGCCGCUACCCCUGCGUCUGGCUGAGGGACAACUGCCAGUGUCCCCGCUGCUUCCUCCGCUCGGCCGGGGCGCGCAGGCUGGUCUUCGAGGAGCUGGACGUGGACAUCGUGGUGAAGGAAGUCGCUCUGGCAGACAGAAAAAAGAUCUCUAUUACAUGGCCCGAUGAACACGCAAGCGAAUAUGAAGCUGAGUGGCUGAAAAAACGAUGCUUCUCUGAGGAAGCCAGAGCAGAAAUGCGAGAAGAUUUAUUUUUACCAGAACGCCAGUACUGGGGCUCAGACCUGCAACUUCCCAAAAUACCUUUUGAAGAAAUCAUGUACGAUGAUGAAAGUGCGUACAAGUGGCUGUGCACCCUAAAGAAAGUAGGAAUUGUGCUGCUAACAGGAGCUGCUACUAGGCAGGGAGAGUUGGUUAAACUUGGCCACAGGAUUGGGUUCCUGCGUCUCACUUUUUAUGGACCAACUUGGCAAGUGCAAGACAAAGCAGAUGCUAACAAUGUGGCUUAUACAACUGGGAAACUGUGUUUUCACACCGAUUACCCUGUUCUGCAGCAUCCACCUGGGGUUCAGUUUCUCCAUUGUAUAAAGCAAACAGAUUCAGGAGGUGAAAGUGAAGUUGUAGAUGGAUUUCACGUAUCCAACAAGCUGAAGAAACAAAACCCUGAAGCGUAUCAGAUCCUGUCCUCUACUGCUGUAGACUAUACAGAUGUUGGGGUGGACUACUGUGAUUUUGCUGUGCAAUGUAAACAAAGAAUUAUAGACGUGGAUUCCAGAGGCCAAGCAGUUCGCAUCAAUUAUAAUAAUGCAACAAGAGACACAGUGUUUGACAUACCAGCUGAAAAAGUGAGGCCGUUUUAUGCAGCUCUAAAGGAAUUUGAUGAUUUAUUAAACAGCACAGAAUACAAGUUUACUUACAAGCUGAAACCAGGAGACAUAGUGACGUUUGAUAACUGGCGCGUGCUUCAUGGUCGCCAGAGCUACCAGUCGGGAUCAGAAGUGACUCGUCACCUGGAAGGUGCCUAUGCAGACUGGGAUGUGGUCAUGUCAAGGCUCCGGCUCCUCAGGAAGAGGGUCCUGGAUAAGGACUGAGCUUUCUUCUAACUAGAAGGAGCAAAAUCUAGAUCGUCUAACCUCAAAAAAAAAAAAAAAAAAAGUCCCAUUUUCUUGUCAGAAACUAACAUCACAAAUAUAUUUUUGCUUUCCAUAAGCUAAGAAACCUGUUGUUCUUAACACUUUAAGAUUUAUCUGUGCCCUGGUCCUUGAAUCUAUAAAAUGCAUUGCUACCUCUGUCAGUUUAUUUGCUUUUUAAAAUCAGUGUGCAAAAUGGCUUGAAAGAUUAUCACUUUACUGGGCUGACUGGGUAUCACAAUGCCUUCCUUUGCCUCCACAAAUGUACAUGCCCUCCCUAGAAAGCUUGGAAGGCAGCAUCAAAACAGAGCUUAAAGUAUUACUUACUAAAGGUUUGUUAUGAAUAGCGCCUUCCUCUAUGUUCAAGAGAGGCAUUCUUAGUUGCAUAAUCAUAACUAAAAUUCAUUAUCAAAAUAAACAACCGCUGCUGUGGAGUUAUUUUUUAUACACACACCUUUCUAGGUAGACCUCCACUUUAAUACGAAAUGUCAUUCAAUAGAUGCUGUAUUCUGUAUAUCCCGCCGUACAUGUGAUGACUAUCACAGGCACAAAUAAUUUUCCUACAUUUCUAAGUCCGUAAGCUCAGAAAUGCUAGAGCUACCAGAGAACGCAUCGUAUUAAUUUUCCUCUGCAUUCAGAAUAGAAAUAAAUCUCAGUGUAGAGGUCGCAGAUAGGGUCAGAAAUCCCAUCCGAUGCUGUGCGCAGGCAUAAUUAAUUUCUGAAGGGCAGACAGACUUUUGAGUAAAGUCAGGAGGAGGAAUGCUGAUGCUGCUUGGCAGCUAGAAACCACAAAGCACAAGAGGGGGUUAUUGACUCCGCACCUGACAGAGAGGCGGCAACUGAACUCGGGUCUAUUUUUGUUACGCCAGAUACAAGAGCACACCUCUGAUAGACUUGGUCUGCAGGAUGUUUUCCUCUAGGUUGCAUUCUGAAUAGAGAUUACGCUAUGUAAAAAUUACUGCAGCCAAAGUAGUCGGUUUUUUCCCUAUAUUCGGAUGCCAAAUUGAAAGAGUUUUAAAAUACUUGUUUUUAUACCCAACAAUACGUCCACUGAGUUUAUUUUUCACUGUCCUUAUAGCAGCAGAGUUAACAGGACGCCCUCUCACCCGACAAAAAACUAGACCUCCACCCUCAGGUCUGCUCUGUUCAACUGUUUAUUUUCAAACUAUUCCUUGAAAGUCAAAUAAAUCCUAGUCUCUUCCUAGUAGGCUAAAACAAUAGAACUGUAACUACAGAAUUAAAGAACUGUAGAAUUAAAUUUGUUGACACAGAAAACCUUAACAUCAGUGACACCCUAACAUCAGCUUGCAAACACUUCCAUAGCUUCUACUCAUCAUUGACAGUCAACAGGUAUCUCAGCUGAAUAAUCAAAUAAAAAUAAAUCAGGCUUUGGUCGUGACCUAGCAUAGUGCAGUUCAAAUCCAUUCCUCUUUAGUAAAUAGUGAAAUGUUUUUAUCAAAGCUAAGACAUAGCGUAACAAAACUGGCUUUUAGUGGUCAUUUGAUUUCCCAGCACCUCCUUUAAUAAUUAAUUUUGGAAACAUGAGGAAAGUAUUUUUUGCUUUUGCUAUAAAAGGGAGAAAGGAUGAGGAAACGUUAAUACCUAUAUUCUGUAAGACACCAGCAGUACUGUGCUUUAACUGUGAUAUUUUCCAUAGAACAAUUGAGUGAAGAUUGCAAUUUAUAACUUUAAAACAAGACAUCUUGGGAUUUAUACCAAUGGUUAAUAGGGAAGAGGUAUUUUCUGCUUUUAUUCUGUACUUUUCUAAAAACUGGUUUAUUCAAAUAUCUGUUUAUUAAAAGCUAUUAUGGAACCGA